AUGCCUUCCACGAAUUCACCUGAGACAACCACUUUCCGUCCCGAGACUACCAUGGCAGCGGUCGAUCAAACCAAUGACGCCUCUGGAGGUGCCUCGAGCCAGCCAGAUCUCGAAGCCGCUGAAGAGAAGGGAGAUACAGACGAUACCAGUGUCAACGACGGCAAAAUAAACGGGCGGUCCAAGGGUCAAAUCGCGGUCAUCAUGUUGGCCCUGUGCUUGGCAGUACUUCUAGCUGCCCUCGAUGCCACGAUCAUUACGACAGCGCUUCCUACUAUUAGUGAGCAUUUCAACUCCUCUGCAGGAUAUGUCUGGAUUGGAUCAGCCUAUCUGCUUGCGAACGCAUCUGCCACUCCAUCUUGGGCCAAGUUUUCUGACAUAUUUGGCCGCAAACCUAUGCUCCUCUUCGCCAAUGUCAUUUUCUUUGUGGGGUCACUCGUCGCUGGACUCGCCAACAGCAUCGGAAUGCUCAUUGCGGCGCGUGCAGUCCAGGGAAUCGGAGCCGGAGGCUUGAGUGUUCUGGCUAGUAUAGUUGUUGGCGACUUGAUCCCCCUCCGCAUACGUGGAGGCUUCUACGGCAUCAUUGGUGCUAUGUGGGCUGUGGCGUUGUCAAUCGGUCCUAUCAUCGGAGGAGCGCUGACUGAAAACGUGAGCUGGCGAUGGUGCUUCUACAUCAACUUGCCUGUCGACGGUCUAGCGUUCUUCAUUCUCGUGUUUUUUCUCGAUGUCAAAACCCCCCGUACUCCGAUCCUGGAAGGCCUAAAGGCUAUCGACUGGGUGGGAGCUCUCCUGGUAGUUGGAGCAACUCUGAUGUUUCUGUUUGGAUUGGAGUAUGGUGGUCAGUCAGCACCAUGGGACUCCGCCAAGGUCAUAUGUUUGAUUGUCUUUGGAGUUGUUACCUUUGCUAUUUUCCUGAUCUGGGACUGGAAGUUCGCCAAAUUCCCGAUUAUGCCUACUCAACUCUUUGCCAGCACUACCAACUGCGCGACUCUGGGGGCAAUUUUCUUCCACGGGAUUGUGUUCAUUGCAGGCACAUACUAUCUGCCCCUCUACUUUCAGACAGUUCGUGGAGCCAGCCCCAUCAUGUCUGGCGUCGACCUGCUUCCAACCGCUGUGAGCCUAGGUCUUAGCUCGGUUGCAACUGGCGCCUUCGUGGGUAUUACUGGAAAAUUUCUUCCUCCGAUCUGGUUCGGAUUCUUCUUCAUGACCCUUGGAUUUGGCCUCUAUAUCGACAUCGACGCUACGAGCAAUUGGGCCAAACUUAUCCUAUACCAGAUCGUUGCAUCUGUGGGUAUCGGACCGCUAUUCCAGGCACCCAUUGUUGCCUUGCAGGCCCAUAUUCACCCCCGUGACAUCGGCACUGGUACGGCUACACUAAGUUUCGUACGUGCCUUAGCAACUAGUAUUGGAGUUGUGGUCGGAAAUGUGGUCUACACAAACCAAUUCGAGAAGAAUCUGAAGGGACUAUCUUCAAGCCUUUCUCCACAAGAAUUGUCGUCUUUGACUUCUGGCGAAGCAAGUGAUAGCACUGGGCUUAUCAACUCGCUUCCACAACCAGCGAAGAGCGAAGUACAAGCGGCGUUUGCGGCCUCUUUGCAGCCUAUGUGGAUCAUGUACUGUUGCUUUGCCGCGGCAGGGCUCAUUGUCUCAUUAUUCAUCAAGCCGAAGAAGUUGACCAGCGAACAUGAGGAGACAAAGACGGGCCUUGAAGCCGAGCACGCUAAUGCCGAAGCCAGAGCUGCUGAGAAGGCAUCCAAAGGGCUGCGGAAAGACCAGAGAGAGGGAUCCAUGUCUGGAAGUCAACAGCAGGAUGACGAGAAGAAAGAUCAAGAUGUUGAGUCUGCCUAG